AUGCCAUUCGGAGAUGAUGGAAAAAACCUACCAAAAAGUGAUGUAAACGUUUACAAUCUUGGUUUUGGUUCGGUUUGUGGUAUUUGCGCUGGUAUCUUUAUCAAAAAAGGUUUAAAAUUCGUUGCAUUCUUGUUAGGUGGUGGUUUCAUUCUUUUACAAUACCUUAACACACAAAAGAUCGUCAAAGUUGAUUGGAAAGCUCUUGGAAGACGUUAUGAUUCAGCUGUCGAUAGCGCAGCAGGUAAGGAUGCCGUUCAGGUAGACAAACCUGCUUCCGGCUGGAGAGAUUCUACCGCUGCUAGAAUUUGGAACCGUUUCACUCACUUCCUCACUGCUGAUUUCCCAAGCCGAGGAACAUUCUUGGCUGGUCUUGUUUUGGGAUUACGUUUGGGUUAA